AUGGAGGGGGCGCCGAGGGUGGUGCCGUCCCGGCGCGGCGGCGUCACGCUGGCGGAGCAGCUCGCCGCGUCCUCCAACCUCCGCGACCUCCUCAAGCUCCGCGACGACGACGUUCAGGGCGACGGCGAGGGCGCGCGGCCCGCCAGGCGCCGCACGCUCCUCGACGUCAUCCGCGGCCCCGAAGACGACGCCGCUCCCCCGGCUCGCCCCUCAUCCACGCGCGGCGGGGAGCCCGAAGCGACGGCCGCGGUGACCGUGGCGGCAGCGGUGCCGGGGGCGGCGUCGCCCGGGCAGGGGGAGGAGAGGCGGGUGUCGCUGAUGGCGCUGCUGGAGCAGGCCGAGCGGCAGUGGACGACGGCGGCGGCGCGCGCCGGGGCGUGGACCCGCGUGGACCAGGACGCGGCGGCGGAGGAGGAGGGGGAGGCGGGGAGCGGGAGGGGCGUGGGCGGGCGGUGCUGCGUGUGCAUGGCGCGGCGCAAGGGCGCGGCCUUCGUCCCCUGCGGCCACACCUUCUGCCGCGCCUGCGCCCGCGAGGUCCGCGCCGGCCGCGGCCGCUGCCCGCUCUGCAACGCCGCCAUCCGCGAGGUCCUCAACCUCUUCUGA